CAGAACCUGGGUUCCAGACCGUUUGGCAGGACCGUGGGCAGAACGCAAGCUCUCAAGCAUGAGCGCCUGGCGUCACAGGGCCAAGGUGCUCGCACUGGACGAGGCCACCGCAAACGUGGACGCCGAGACGGACGAGGCGGUGCAGGCGGCGCUACGCGACUUCCUGCAAGGCGGAGGUGGAGGCGGCCCCGACGUCAGCACCACUGGCGGCUCUGGUGCCGGAGGUGGCAGUGGCGGCGGCGGCGUUGCGCUGGCGAUUGCGCACCGGCUUGACACGGUGAUGGACCUGGACGCGCUGCUGGUGCUUGCGGACGGGCAGGUGGAGGAGUGGGGGCCGCCGCGGGUGCUGCUGCGCGGGGGCGGCAGCCUGUCGCACAUGGCGGCGGCGGCGGCGGUGCCACAGAUUGGAAGUAUGAGGAGCGGUGGAGCUGAUGCUGUUGUUGAUGAGGGCCAGGCAGUGGAUCUGGCUGGGACCGAUGGCCGUGUGGGGCUGGGGAAGAUGGUGCGGUCGGUGAGCGAUGCAGGAUGGCGUGGAUAGCUGUAGUCCAAGCCGUGAAGUGUGCGUGGGCCGCCGGCAGGACGCGGCCACGCACGUGGGAUAGCGUAUGAUCGGACGACACGUGCACGUUCUCGCAUCCCUACGCAGAAACAUGUACGGUUGCAAGAUGAGCCAGUGUGAUUGCUAACUGGUCGGUCAUCAAUGGCAUGGGUCAUGUGGGUCGGCCAUGCGUGGUGCUUGACAUUUGCGCGUUUCCAAUAAUGGCAAUUGGGAUUGCGGACGGACGGGGUGCUGCGGCUGCAUUGCGCCGGCAAGACUACUUCUGUGCCCUUCUUCCGCCUGCUGCCAUGCGACCUUGUAAUCUUUCUCUCAA